GUUGUGUAGGCCUGGGUGUGGUGACACAGUGGACGGUCUUCUGCGCCAGCCUUCGUUGGGUGUGGACGUCUCUCUCUCGCCUGAGUAUCAGUGACAAAUUAUCCCCGUUUUCUCUGGGACGCUUGUACUCGCCAAUUUUUCCCACCAGGGACUCUACAGGAGGGGCACCUGUUCAUCGGCUUACUUUUAAUCAGCUCCAUUUUUACCGCUCUGCGGUAAGUCUUCAUCGGUCUCUGGUGGGAAGCCGGUUACUGUACUCAGGUUGGGGUGUGGGAGUCCCGCUCUACUGGGACUUGGCAAGGGCGUCCACCGGAUCUAAUUGAACACCUCGAGUUUCUAUCUCUAUUUACAAAGGAACUUUUGUUCCUUUUCUCUAAUCGGCCAGACUUGGACAACAAAUCUUCCUGGUGCCAUCAAGAAGUCGGGCUCGGUUUAUGCUGUCAGUGGCCCUGAUAAACCCAACAAAGGAAGACAGAGUGGACGCUGAACCGGCGUCCUGCUGGGUACAGGUUAAGAAAGCAGAAAUGGAAGGGUCUCUCCACAAAUUUCCUAUUGAUGGGCUACGCAAAAUUAUUAUUGCCAGACAUGGAGAAAGAGUUGAUUUCACUUUUGGUGACUGGACCCGCUUCUGCUUUGAUGAGACAGGAAAGUACCAGCGAAGUGAUCUUAACAUGCCUGAAACACUUCCUCAACGGAAAGGAGCACCUCAUAGUUUUUAUAAAGAUAGCCCGCUUACAAACAUUGGUUUAUUUCAAGCAACACUUGUAGGUCAAGCUCUGAAGGCCAAUAAUACAGAGGUGCAUCAUGUUUUAUGCUCCCCAGCUUUACGCUGUGUUCAGACUUGUGCCAGCAUACUUAAGAGUAUGGGUAUUGCUGAAGUUACGCCAAUCAACAUUGAACCUGGGAUCUUUGAAUUUCUUCAAUGGUACAAAGAUGAAAUACCUACAUGGAUGACUCUGGAUGAGCUAACAGAUGCAGGCUUCAAUAUCAAUCAUAAUUAUGAUCAAAUAAUCCAUGAAGAGGAAUUGAAUACCAGUGAGAACUGCAAGGAGUUUUAUCACAGAAAUGCCAAUGUUGCACAGAAGAUUAUCGAAAGAACACAGUUACAAGGUGGCACAGUGUUACUUGUAGGUCACAGUUCGACUCUGGAAACUUGUACAAGAGAAUUAGUUGGAGGAGCACCAAGAACAGAAAGUGAGCUGUUUGCUGUGGUCAAAGAGAUUCCCUACUGCUCAGUUGCUUUUGCUGCUCAAGACACCAAGGGCAGGUGGUCAUUACAGAAGCCGCCACUCUUACCUGCAACCCACUCCGCUAAUAAUCAGUUUGAUUGGAAAGGCCUCAGUUCAUAACUCUCAGGUCUAACCAGAAUUAAAAGAUAUUCCUGUUUUCAAUAGACUAGUAAAACUGAAGCUUAGCAUAGAUUUAAUGUCUGUGCCAGAAGCAUUGAUGCAUAAUAAUAAUAAUAAUAAUAAUAAUAAUCAUAAUCAUCCUUAUUCCUAGAAGUACAUGAUACAACUGAUACAGCUCAACCUGACAUCAUUGGCAUACUAUACAUAUAUAAAGCCCCUGGUUAUGCAGAGCAUUUCGGGGCAACUUGGGUUAAUCUUUACCCCGAUGAUGUGACCUUCCACAGUUUGCUAACACCUAGGUACCUACUUACUGCUAGGUGAACAAGGACAGCAAGUGUCAGGAAAUACAGUGGAACCUCUGCUUAUGAGUUUAAUCCAUUCCAUGACCUAGCUCGUAACUCGAUCUGCUUGUAUGCGUAGUCAGUUUUCCUCAUUUAAAUUAAUUGCAAUGCCAUUAAUCUGUUUCCAGCAGAAUUCCUGCUCUCAGGAGGCAGGACAAAAAUACUUCAAUGUGAUGCAAAUAUCAACUCUACAGCUUAUUUAUCUACCCCAAUUCAUCUAAUAUGACAUAAACAAUAUAAUUAACAUAGAAACAUAUACUCUUGAAUGAAUAAAAUAGGCCAUAAUAUGGUGAGUGGUGGUGGCAGCAUCCAUUCCUUCUCCCACUGAGAAUAUCUUCCCAUGCUUUUAUUAUAAGAGAAAAUGGAGUGUUUGUGAAGCUAACUGCACUUGUUUCAUAAAUAAUAAAUAUUGUAUAAAAACAAUAUAGAAUGUAAAGAAAUAAAGUGGUUUUUAUGUGUUCGUAUGCUGGUGGAGGUGGAGAGUGGAAGAUAGGCUACUUGCUACUAGCUCCUACUGCCACCACACACCUCGCUUGUUUAUCUAUGAUUUCAUGCUGUAAUUCCAUGGGCAUCAUCCUCUUUUUCUUGUCAGUACUGUCCUUUGCACUUACUUUCUUAGGACCCAUGGUUAGAAAAAAGAAAUUUGGCAAUAAUAACAUGAGAAAUGCUUCCACGGCAACAUAAACACAUUGCACGGCUCAGCUGAUGUUGUGGCGUUGGCUGUGCUGCCUAGUGGAGAUGUUCUGAAACUCGCUUAUUAAUAUUGUUAUUAAUUUAGGGAACUGGAUCUCAGAUUCAAUUUCCUAGAUCAAGAGCCCCUCGCCAGCGUCAAGGAACCUCCUUUGAGGGGGAAGCUCGCAACCUAAAUUUUGGGUCGUAUCCAGGAGCAAAAAAUUGACCGAGCGACGGCUCAUAUCCUGAAAAACUCGCUUGGUGGGGCACUCGUAAACAGAGGUUCCACUGUAUACCUAAUAUUUCACCCAUGCUGGGAAUCAGUCAUGGGCCCUCAGUGAGCAAGCUGAAGACACGGAUAUAUAGGCUCACAGUGUAUGUGGUCUAUAUAUACAGUCUCUCCUCACUUAACAAUGGGGUUCUGUUCCUAAGAGUAGGUCAUUAAGCAUAUUGUGUAAUAAAGUAAACCCCUUCCCUGAUUAAAUUGGUCAUAUGUGGUGUAUAAAUUUUGGUGAUGAGCUUCAGAAAUUAACAUUAUUAUUAUGAUUAUUAUUGAUGUCAUUGUGGUUAUUAUUAUUAUUAUUAACAUUUAUGUAACUGAUUGGCAUCCUUUCCAAGACAUGAUACUAUGUACCCCCAAAUGGCACUCCUUACUUUAUAUCGCUCUCUAAUCUACCAUCGUCUCACCUAUGGUAUUUGUGCUUGGGGGAUCAACCAUGGCCAGUCGCCUUAAACCUUUAAUAACCCAAUAAAAAGCUGUGGUGCAGAUGAUCACAAACUUCUAUACCAGACAACACAUCCCAUCACUCUUCAAGAUCUUAAACUUACUUAAUAUACAAAAUAUACACACACAUUAUUGUGCCUACUAUAUAUACAGAACAUUAAACUCCAGUAUAAACCCUCCGACAGCUACAACAGAAUACACAGGCAUAACAUGAGACACAAAACACUUUUUGACAUCCCUUAUGUCUGUCUCACACUAUGCAAAAAUGCAAUGCACAUAAAGGGCCCAAAGAUCUGGAACUCUUUGCCUAAACAAACAGUAAGUCCCAUGCCCACAAAUCAAUUUAGGACUUUACUGAAAAAUCAUCUCAUCUCUCAAUAAUAACCAUACCCACACCACAACUCUCCUAACAUUUUAUUACCCCUUAUCUAUUAAAGCAUUAUUACAUACCUAAAAAUGUGUGUUUGUAUCAUCAAUUGUACUAGUAAUUUUUUUUUAACACGUCGGCCAUCUCCCACAAAGGCAAGGUGACCGAAAGAGAAAGAAAAAACUUCUAUCAUUAAACACGUUCACCAUUACUCAUACAUAAUCAGUCUUUGCAGAGACACUCAGAUACAACAGUUUAGAUGUCUCUCCAGACUGCCAAUAUCUCAAACCCCUCCAUUAAAGUGCAGGCAUUGUACUUCCCAUUUUCAGCUGAAUCCCUUUUCAAAAUAUUACCCUGCUUGCACUUCAAUUUCACCUACAUUAAACCAUAAAGCUUAUUAACUAAAAUAUUUGGCUACCUCAUAUUAAUAAUAGAGUAAAACAUUGAAUAUUUGAAAUUUACCACUCUACCUCUCUACACUUAAGUAGUCUUUAAGUACAUAUUAGGUGAAGUCUGCCAGAAAUGGCCCAGCAUGAUAGUGGCUUUCUUUGUACCAAUCAAAUUAUGAAAUGUAAACAUGCAUUGCAACCUUUGCAAAGAAAUAAACCUUUGUUUUGUUUGUUUACUGUAAAACAUUUCCACCCUUUUCUCCUCUGCCACUGCAAACAUGGUCAGAGUAUACUUGAUAUAUGUACAGGUCACCUAAAAAUUAUUUGCAAAUAUCCCCAUUACUGUAAAAGUUGGAAAUUAACUCAAGAAAGGCAUUAGAAGUGUGGCCAUUCUUGCAUGUUGUUGAUGUGUCAUUGGUGGUUCGAGCGUAUUUUCAUUAGAAUUUACGUUUAGCGGUAAUAUUGCGUAUAAUUUUUUUUUUUUAUAUUUGAUUAUUUUUCUAGUACAGUAGGGCCCUGUUUUUUGGUGUUUCACCUUAUGGCAUUCUGCAGAUACGGCAAUCUCAAAUUAUGACGAAAACUUUCUAUAUGGCAAGCGGUCUUUCAAAUAUGGCACACGCCACCCGGUUUAUUUACACUCUCCAUGAUCACAUCUCUCUAUUAUGUAAUAAUAAUCACUCUUGGGCACAUUAAAUGUCUAAUUUUACAUCAAUAUAGACAUUUUCAUUAAUUCAUCUAUGAUAUUUUCUUCAGAAAUAUAUAAGGAACAUGUUCCAUAGCGUAUAAACAUGCUGCUUAUAUGCUAUGGAGGUGUGGUUGCCAGGUGAAGGGAAAACAUUACGUAAUACUAAUAAUAAUCACUCUUGGGAAUAUUAAAUAUCUUAUUUUAUGUUAAUAUAGACAUUUUCAUUAAUCCCUAUGAUAUUUUCUUCAAAAUUAUAUAAGAAACAUGUUACAUAGCAUAUAAACAUGUUAUGUUUAUAUACUUUGGAGGUGUGGUAGCCAGGCGGAGGGAAAAAUUACGUCACUCCCCUUAAUACAUAACGUUUUUUUUUGCAAUUCUCGGCAUGAAUUAUUCAUUACUUGUCCCUUUGUUUAUGAUGGCAUCUGAAGGUAGAUGUUAUAAAUGAUUAAACUCAGUGAACAUGGUAUGUCGAUGGCAAUAAUAUGGCUCUGGGCCGCAUUAAAUAUUGUGUAGCUAUGUAGGUGGGUGUAGGUAUGUAGCCCAGGCAGACUACAUACCUACAUUAUUAUUAUAACUGAUAUUUAUACUUAUGUGUACCUGUACCUAAGUAAACUUGCACACUGUGCUGGCAUGCAGGUACAUGUUAAAAUCACUAAGAGUGUCUUAUUAGUCUUGAAGAUGCCAUAUUAAUAAUGAUAAUAAUAAUAAUAAUCACUCUGAGGAGCAUUGAAUGUCGUAUAAAACGUUAUAGAUAUUUUGCUUAAUCUAUCUAAAUACACUCCACAGUAGAAUAAAUUAACAUAAAUAUGAGAUGUGGUAGCUAGGUGACCUGUAGGACUUGUGGUAGCCAGGUGACUUGUAGGACUUGUGGUAGCCAGGUGACUUGUAGGACUUGUGGUAGCCAGGCAACUUGUAGGACUUAUGGUAGCCAGGAAACUUGUAGGACUUGUGGUAGCCAGGAAACUUGUAGGACUUGUGGUAGUCAGGCAACUUGUAGGACUUGUGGUAGCCAGGCAACUUGUAGGACUUGUGGUAGCCAGGCAACUUGUAGGACUUGUGGUAGCCAGGCAACUUGUAGUCCAACAUCAGUGAAAAUAUGUACUCUAUAAUAUUACUGGGGGUAACUAGAAAAUUAUUCCUUUCAUAUGCCUUCACUCAGGGUGUCAUUUCUUCUAAAAAUGGUGUUACAUGAGAUUGGGAGUGCUUCUCUUUAUGUAUUCUACUGUAUCAACGUGGAGACAACUUGUACACAAUGUAAAGUGAUAAAAACCAGACUUGUUCACUUGGUUUGUUUACAUUACAUGUGAGUGGGGUAGGGAGGGCUGCCCAUGCAGACUACCCAUACUUCCAAAACCUGACUUCCUACAAAUAAAACUCACCUCUCGCUUUACAUUAAGACUACAAAUAUUUUAAGGUAACUAAUGGGUGUACUGUGUGUGUAUUUUAUUUUUAUUGUUUUUAAUGCCUAGUUCUAUUACUAACUUAAUAUAUGAUAGUGUAAACUUGUUACCUGGCAUUUAUAUGCAUAUGUAAGUGGAAAAAAUGGCGUUCUGCUUUCUGGCGAUGUCUGCUUUCCGGCAGUAGCCUGGUACCUAACCUGCCGUAUAAAUGGGGCCCUACUGUAUUAGUAUUCAUUGUAUUAAUUAUCGUGAGUAGAAAUAAGGCUUAUAGAGAUGAGUUGAGCUCCUUUUGUAGAAAUUUGUAAAGAGUUUGUGUACAGGGUUUUGAGUUUGUUCAAAUGGUGGGGGGGACACAAUGGCGAGAUCCUGUAAAUAAGUCCCACUCUAACCCAUUUGUCAGCUUAAGCAAUCUUUUCCAACUACUUGUAUUGAUUAAUCUGCUGCUAACAAGUGAGUUCAUAACCUGUGUUAAUGUGGGUAUAAGUAUAGGCGCUCAAGUGUUGACAAAAUGCAGUCUUUUUGUGCUGUAGCCACUGGGGGAGACAGCCUCCUGCUGGCAUUUGUCAUACUACCCUAGGGAAGGGCUAGUAAAUGUGUGUACCAUGUAACUGACUUUAUUAUAGCCUAAAUAAUCUUGUACUUUGUAUGAUUAGAGUCAGCUGUAAAAUUAGUGAUAAUUUAAGGUGCAAAAUGAUUGUUUAUAUAAUCCAUGCCAUUACUUGUUCCCAUCUCUAUGCUAGCCUAUAUUAAACUAACUCUUUUUUAAAUCUGCCUUCCUUUCAGUACUUUACUAGAUUUCUGUUGUUAGUUAUCAGAGAUGUGGAGUAAGACUAUUUCUCUGGUAAUUUUUUUCUUAGUCUACCCUAAUACUCUUCUUAUUUCUGACCUAAAACUUUUCUAACCUAUCUUAUAUACUAAUACUAUUUUAUUAGGUAUCUACCACUUAUGCUUGCUAUGUUUUUCUGUAAUUUGUCUUUUACCUGCAACCUAACCAAGCUUGUACAUAUUUUUGCUAUCUUAUACAACUGUUUGUUUUUAUUUUCUUACCUCUUAUCUCAUUUGUGCUAGCCUAUGUUUCAGGGUUUGUUUUAUGUAUUUGUAUAAUUUAUAUAUCUAUGAUUUAUGCUUAAAUAUGUUCAUUCUUUUCUGUCUGAUAGGUGUGUUAAGUUUUAUUGUGUGUCUACAUUAUCUCAACUAGAUCUCUUACUGCUUUUGGUGUUAGUAUCAUAGUCUUUAAUGUUUAUAAGUGAAUUAUUUUUGAUAUGUCAUUUUUUAUUAUUUUUGAUAAAUGUUUGGUAGCGUUUUGUGAAUCAUGACCCUCCUUAACUUUUGUAAGAUCUUUUUGUUUUUUUUUUUAGUAAUAGUAUUGACUUGUGAGUUUGUGACUAAAGCAGAUAACACUAUUUUAAGUUUAGCAGCGACCAGGCACCCCUGAAAAGAUGCCUAAGAGUUAGUAGCCUCAAGCAACCCAGGCACACUGAGAAAAGGCCAUAGAAUGGCAAGAGAUCUUGGAAACUCUUGGCCUGGAGGAUCAGACUGAGCUUGUAAUCUGGGAACCUGGAGAUCUCAGUGGUAGACUGAAGAAGGGCAUGUAUGAGCAAACUGGAGCAAGGGAAGUAACUACCAGAGACUGUAUGUUAACCCCUUGACUGUCUAAACCCCAAAUCCUGAGGUGUCUCCCGGUGUCGAAAUUUAAAAAAAAAAAAAAAAAUGAAAUGAUGGAGAAUCUUUUCCCGAUAGUAAUGACACCAAAAGAACGAAAUUUGAUGAAAAACUGAUGGAAUUACACUCUUGCGAAGUUAGCGACCUCGGCGAUAUUUACAAAUCGGCGAUUUCGCCCACUUUGAGCCCUAUUUUCUGUUAAUUCCAUUGUUCCAGUCGACCAAACUCGUAGCUAUUUCUUUAGAACUCCAUUUUUUCUAUCGAUUGAGUACAAGAAACUGCCCAUUUACCGAUUUCAGCUACCCAAUAACACGGUCAGAAAUUUGCAAUUUGGCCAAUUUCAUUAAAAUUAAAAAAUAUGACAAUUUCAAAAUAGGGUUCAGAAUGAACAAUGCAGACAUUCCUGGCUCUAAAAUAACAUUUUCUUUGUUCAUCAGUCACAUCUCCAGGCCCCUAUGAUAUUAUUACUCUUGCUUUCUAUUUUGAAUUUUUAUCAAACAAAAAAUAGAUUUACUGUUAUGCAGACUACUGCAGUAUUGUAAUAAUUGUAUAAAUAAUGUCAACCCAUUCAUGACUGCAUAUUAGAAUGGCUAGUUGGGCAUUUAUUGGACAAUGGCAUCAUUUGUUUACUUUUGAACAUAGGGCAAAAAUCAAACAUUUCCCCUACUUUGAGCUCCAUUUCAAGGCUCUUUUCAUAGUAAAACCAAUCAAAAUCACUCUAUUACGAUAAUAUGUUUUCCAAUCUAUCAAAUGAGACCAAGAAAAUGAAAAUACAACCAUAAAUACUAAAUGAAAAUAGACCGCAAAGUCGGCAUUUUAAUUGAAAAAAACGGUCGGAGUUUGUUUUCUCAUUAUGCACUGCAUGCUGCAGGAUUUUCUUUAUAUGGUGCACACUGACCACACAGACCCAUUCUCUCACAUGUGGGCCUACCAGCUUUCUCCUGCUUGAUUUGAAGCUGCUAGAAUUUAUGAGUACAGUGUACCCCCGUCUUACGAUAUUAAUCCGUUCCUGAGAGCUCAUCGUAUGCCGAAAUUAUCAUAAGGCGAAUUAAUUUUCCCCAUAAGAAAUAAUGGAAAUCAAAUUAAUCGUGCAAGACACCUCAAAGUAUGAAAAAAAAAAAUUUUUUUUACCACAUGAAAUAUUAAUUUUAAUACUCACAAACUGAAGACAUGCACAGUUAAUACUCUACUAAGAAUAGAAUACAUGACACUUACCUUUAUUGAAGAUCUGGUGAUGAUUGAUGGGAUGGGAGGAGGGGAGAGUGUGGAAGUUGUUAUUGUUUAGAAGGGGAAUCCCCUUCCAUUAGGGCUUGAGGUAUCAAGCCCUUUUCUGGGGUUACUUCCCUUCUUCUUUUAAUGCCACUAGGACCAGCUUGAGAGUCACUGGACCUCUGUCGCACAACCUAUCUGUCCAUAGAGCUCUGUACCCUCUCGUUCCUUUAUGAUUUGUCUAAAGUGGUUCACAACAUUGCCAUUGUGAUAGUCACCAGCACGGCUUGCAAUAGCUGUGUGAGGGUGAUUUUCAUCCAUAAAGGUUUGCAUUUCAAGCCACUUUGCACACAUUUCUUUAAUCCCUUUUUUCAAUUCCAUACUAAUUCUCACCCUUUUUACCACAGGGAUGGUACUAGAAGCUUUCUUGGGGUCCAUGGUGACUUAUUUUGCAGUUACAAGCACUAAAAACACUGGGAUAAUGUGAAAUGUACCGAAUGUAUGCGUAGAUGCGACCGCACUGGCUGGCUUGUAAACACUGGCGCUGAGGCCACACUUGGUACGCGUCCUGGACGAAUCACGUAAGGCGAGUUUUUUAGCCUGAGGCAAGGAAAAAUUUUUGCGUUAAAAUGUAUCGUAUGGCGGAUUUAAUGUAACGCAAUGCCAUCGUAAUGCGGGGGUCCACUGUUUAUAUACGUCAAGCACGGUGGCUCAUAAGACGUAUAUAUACGACCGAAACAGUCAAAGGGUUAAGGCAGGGAGAAACUUGGAAACUCUGUGGAGUGGUAGUGCUAGUAUGUAGAUUAUUUUAAUAUGGUUUUAGUGGAUAUUUUUAAAAUUUUCUCUUCUGUGCUGAUGUCUGAAUUUCAGGUUCUCCUGUAAUGUAUGUAUGCUUAUUAAAUUGUAAGUUGUUUUA